AUGUCCUGUGACACAGACGCGAAGAAGCGUCCCAACAUGCACAUCUUACAACAUCCAUCCCUAUCCCAAGACCCAUACAUAUGCAAGGCGCAACGAACCCACUCACUUACACCUUACGCUAUGGUUUCGGUAACCGGCCAUCGGUACCGACGACCCACACCAGAUCGCACACGCAACACCUGA